ACGUGACUGACCGUCGCCCAGGUUGUGUCGAAAGCAUCCUGGUGUUAGCAGUUAGCUUCCCGCUGACAAAAAAUAGAAAGUGAGGUGUAAAUAUUGGUAUCAUGGGAGAAUUAUUAACGUGGCUCUAGUGGAAAGACAGAAGAUAAGGAACUACCCAGAGUGGGCUUUUCAACAUAGUCUGAUAGCUGAUAUCGGAAGAGGCCAGUUAACACAGCUAACUAAACAUUAGCGUUAGCUAUCGUUCAAACUUUGACGGGCAACAGCAGCAAUUCGCUAGCUAGCUGCUAGUUUGCCAAUUUACUAUUAACUGUGUAACAUGUCUUGUUAUUAUAGGGGUUAUGCUAAUUAUCCAGAGUUGUAGGUGUUUAAGCGCUGAGUAUUUACGCGUUAUUUUGAUCAGGCGUGUAUGUAAAAGUAGCGUUAACGUUAUUACGAAGUAACGUCCGCUAACUUAUGAAUAAUGACUGUUGUUGAGCAGCUAAUGCUAAUGUUAGCCACUUAAACUUCGCUGUAACUAACACACAGUUACUCAAAAUCAGUGCUGAUGAGCUUCCUCUUAGCUAUUAAUAGUGAAAUAAAGCGAACAGCAGCUAGUAAACAGCUGUAAUCUGUAAAGCUACACGUCUGGGUUUUCUGACUGAUUUCGGCCAAUCACAUGAGAUAAAUAAUGCGAAACACCAGGAUGUCAAUCGCCCGGGGAUUAACGUUAGGGCAGCAGUAUUGUCUAGAAAACACAGCUGUCCGGUCAUUUCGAUAAUCGUUGUAUUCAUAAUGCAGCUACAGUAGAUUGUAUUAAUUGCUAAGCGUGCAGGUAACAUCUUGUAAACCAAAACAUUUGGCGGCGCAGUACAUCUUUAACAGUGUCUAUAGGCUUUAGUCUACUUUUCUUUAAGUUAUGCCUGGGGACGCAUCUGAUAGUAGUGAUGACUCCGAUGCAAAAACAAAUGAAAAGGCCUGUACCGUCAAGCAUCAAAUCACCAAUGCUAACCUCACAGGUCACACUGAGAGGGUCGGCAUGGAGAACUUUGAGCUGCUCAAAGUCUUGGGCACUGGAGCUUAUGGAAAAGUGUUUUUGGUCAGGAAGAACAGUGGUCAUGAUGCAGGCCAGCUGUAUGCUAUGAAGGUGUUAAAGAAAGCAGCUAUUGUUCAAAAGGCAAAAACAACAGAACAUACUCGCACUGAGAGGCAGGUGCUGGAGCACAUCCGCCAGUCUCCCUUCCUGGUCACGCUCCACUAUGCCUUUCAGACACAGAGCAAACUACAUCUCAUCCUGGACUAUGUGAGCGGCGGGGAGAUGUUCACUCAUUUGUAUCAGAGGGAUCACUUUCCUGAGGAGGCAGUGCGGAUUUAUAUCGGGGAAACAAUCCUGGCUCUGGAGCACCUGCACAAGCUUGGGAUUGUGUACCGUGACAUCAAAUUGGAAAACAUUCUUCUAGACAGUGAAGGCCACGUGGUAUUGACAGAUUUUGGGCUCAGCAAGGAGUUUCUGGAAGAAGAGAAGGAGAGGACAUACUCUUUCUGUGGCACCAUUGAGUACAUGGCACCUGAAAUCAUCAGGGGGAAAGCCGGGCAUGGAAAGUCUGUAGAUUGGUGGAGCCUUGGGAUCCUGAUGUUUGAGCUUCUGACGGGAGCAUCUCCUUUUACCUUGGAGGGAGAGAGGAACUCCCAGAGUGAGGUGUCAAAACGUAUUUUGCGCUGUGAUCCACCAUUCCCCUCUAUGAUUGGACCUACUGCUCAGGACCUACUGAGGAAGUUGUUGGUUAAAGACCCCCACAGGAGGCUGGGCUCUGGACCAAGAGGGUCUGAAGACAUUAAAGCACAUUCCUUCUUCAAGGGCCUGAACUGGGCUGACCUGGCACAGAAAAAGGUGCCAAGUCCAUUCAAGCCAGAGCUGAAGAGUGAACUUGACGUAGGGAACUUUGCCGAGGAGUUCACUGGGAUGGAUCCCGUCUACUCUCCAGCGAGCACGCCCCCGAGCACUGGCCGUCUGUUUAAGGGUUACUCUUUUAUUGCUCCCUCCAUCCUGUUCAACAAGAACGCGGUCAUGGGAGACUUUGUAGAAUCCCAGGUUGGGGCUGAUCGACCAGGUUCAGCCUCUGUCCAACGCAGUGCGAUGUUAGAGGAAUCCCAGUUUUUUCAGCACUAUGAGCUGUGUCUACAUGGGCCACCCCUCGGUGAGGGUAGUUUCUCUGUGUGCAGGAAAUGCAGACACAAGCAAAGUGGCCAUGAGUACGCUGUCAAGAUUGUCAGCCGCCGAAUGGAGGCAAACACCCAGAGGGAGAUUGCUGCUUUGAGGCAGUGUGAGGCUCACCCGAACAUCGUCAAGCUACAUGAAGUCUAUACUGAUCAGUACCAUACAUAUUUAGUGAUGGAGCUUCUGCGCGGUGGGGAGUUGCUGGAAAGGAUCAGGAGGAAGAAACUCUUUGGCGAGGCGGAGGCCAGUCAGCUGUUACAGAGCCUGGUCUCAGCUGUCAGCUUCAUGCACGAGGCUGGAGUCGUGCACAGAGACCUCAAACCAGAGAACGUGCUGUUUGCAGAUGAGGGGGAGGACUCUGUGCUCAAAGUAAUAGAUUUUGGAUUUGCCCGCCUAUGCCCUGCAGGCAGCGCCCCCCUACAGACUCCCUGCUUCACGCUGCAGUACGCUGCGCCUGAACUUUUUGAGAGCGCGGGCUACGACAAAGCCUGUGACCUCUGGAGUCUUGGGGUCAUCCUGUACACCAUGCUGUCAGGCCAGGUGCCGUUUCAGAGUGAGCAGCGUGGGAUGACCUCAUCAUAUGCUGCUGACAUCAUGCAAAAGAUAAAAGAGGGCGAUUUCUCAUUGGAGGGGGAGGCCUGGAAGGGUGUAUCAGAGGAUGCCAAAGAGCUUGUUAAAGGCCUACUCACAGUGGAUCCAGAGAGGCGUCUCAAACUCUCUGAUCUGAAAGAGAACAGCUGGCUGCACGGUGGAGCAUCCAUGUCCACCACUCCUUUGUGCACUCCAGAUGUGCUAGAGUCUAGUGGGCCUACUGUUCGCACAUAUGUCAAUGCCACCUACAAGGCUUUUAACCGUGGUAAGAGAGAGGGCUUCUUUCUGAAAAGUGUCGACAACGCUCCCCUUGCAAAACGGCGAAAGCUGAAAAUGACGAGCACAGGCGUAGAGACCCGAUGGAGUUCAUCCUCUUCCUCCUCCUCUUCUUCCACUUCCUCCUCUGCCUCUGCAACAGCAUCCAAAGCACAGCCAAAGCAAACUGUGACCCCAAAGCAGAGCUAGCCUGAAUGGCAGGGGAGAGAGCAGGAGGAAAACUAAGUGGUAUGUGUUUAUACUGGCAACAUGUUGUCCCCCAGUGGUGAUCGGGUCACCCGGUUCCAAAAAAACAUACUGACAAACCAAAAGACUGGUUUAGGUUAGUGUUAAGUUUUCAAUACAAAAUUGAAUUCCACUUUUUAACAGCAAAGCAACUUCAUUCAUCAUGCCAUAUCCUCCAUAACCAAACCUGUAUUUUCCUUGAGUGGAUGGAAGAGAUGAUGAUAGAGGUCUAGCUUGACAUCUCUAAGAUGCACAGAAAUCUGUGGCCUUGAGAAAAAUAAAUACAUAUUCAGUAUUCUCUCACCAUAUUAUGGUGAUAUCACACACUAAAAGUUUAAAAUAAGACAUUUGCCUAUUUUCACUGUGGGUAAGAAACAGUGCCUGGCUAUAUAGGGAUAAAGGGAAAAAGGAGCCAUAAAUGAGCAGAAGCCAUAUAUACAGCAAAGCAGUGAAUAUAUCAAUUGAGCCGUUGUGAAUACACACAAAUUUGCACAUAGCAAAUUAAUAGUCCUUCCAGAAAUUAGCAGGCAUAACCCUUAGAUUGUAUCAAGGUAUUUUUAAAUUUGCCACACAUGUAAUGAUCGGCAAAAACAUGGCAAAAGUUGGGCCACAAGUGCUGUGCCACAUGUAGGCGUUGUGUGGAAACUUACAUUUUUUUUGCUUUUUCUCAGUUGUGUAGGUUGAGCAAGAAUCUAGCUGUUUGCACUAUUUGCAUAUAAUGUAAAUAAUACAAAAAAAAGAAAGCAAAUUGCUGGAAGGACUGAGCGUGGAGGGAAAUGCUUGUGAUAUGUACAACCUUUGAGACUGCAGAGGGUGAAUAAUGCUGUAGUCGAAAUAUAUUGGAUGCAUACAGUUUUAACUGUGUCAGUCCUAAGGGCGCUGACUUUGCAAGGCACUUCCAAUACACUACCAACUCUACAGAUCCCAUUGAACACAACGUGGAACGCAUGUCUUGAUUGAUGGUUCUGAUAAAGUAUUUUGACCAACAAUCAGAGUUCGACUUGAAGUGGUCGCAGUACAGUACAGAGUCCAACAGUAGCAGCUGUAUAAAACCGAUGAAGACAGAAACAGUCAUGAAGAGUGCGAUUUUCUUGUCAUACUUGCUGUAAAUUACUUGCAUUAUUGUGCCAGUCUGAAAAUCUCUAGCAUGCUAAUCUGUUGUGAUGAUUAACUGUAAGAACUUUUUCUAUAUUUUGGUAUCUCGGGCACCCAGGAUGGUUUUAUGCUACAAAGUGCAGCUUGAGUGUUUGCACGUAGAUUGGAGCAAAAUCCAUGUUGGUGAUUCUGCAUGAGCAUCGCCUUGGGCUUUUGAAUUUUAAAAGGGUAUUACAGUUUCCUGUCGCCCUGUCAGACCAGCGCCAUAUGCGGCUAUCACAGAUACAAUCAGAUUUGAUACAGUGAAAUAUUGUUGCCCUUCAGUUGUGCUCAGCUUGUUGUCGCCUGGGCUGUAAGGGUCACCCAAAUAUGUCUUUUUACAGAUGUGGUUUUGCAAACAUUGUAUGGCUUUGAAAUUCAGAUUUAUGUUACAGAAUGAGACACUUAUAAUGACUUUAAUCUGGUUCUCGUGAGACCAGCCUGUGAGACCUGGUGUGUAUAUACGCGUCCUUGAUUUAGAGCAUAAUAAAGACACAAUGAUUUAAAAUUUGAGUUUUAAUGGUAUAUCAGUCUCUCCUGAUGUAAUUAUGUUUUUAUUGGACUUUUUACAUGUUGCACAGUCAGUUGAUCAAUUAAACACAUUUCAGCUUUAAAGGUGCUUUGACUGAUAUUUAUUACAUGUAAUUGAUUUUAAUGCAGUGGUAAUGGGAUUGAUGAUUAAAUUGGCUCUUUUAUGUGUACCAGCAUUGUGUGUAUGUGUGUGUGUGUGUACGUUUGAGUGUGUGGGUGUCUGUGAGCAUGAGUGGUGCUGGGAGGUUGGUUGUACUCCUAUUCCUGUAUCAGAUGAAGCAUUAUUGCAAGUUACUGUAUUAUUUGUCGUUGUUGUUUGCCGCCUUUGUCUUUUGGAAAGUAACUGAUUGUUUGUGUUUGAACAUUGAAAUUUUUACUUCGGAAACUGUGCUUUUAUUGGUGUUGAUAUUCUUUUGUUGUAGUAGUAAAUUUUACUUUCUUUUUUUUUUUUUGAGCAUUACUAUUUUACUGAGAUGCACUGUCACUGAUGUCAUAACUGGGAAUUUGUCUUUUGCACCAAGACUUUUUGGUUGGUGCAAAAUAAACAUUGCUUUUAAAUA